CCUCUCCGAUUCACCCUCCAUCUACAGCCACCAGUUCUCCCCUCGCCCCGUCCAUGCCGUCCACGUCGACACCGCCGCCUCACCCAGACCAUACCCAGGUCGCACGCCCUCCGAGCCUCGCUCGCCCAUUUCCAUCAAGUCCGACCGGGAACGCCUAGCGGACCCCUCGGCCAGUGGCAUCGACAUGGACGACUCGUCCGAUUCGCAAGGGGGAACCCUCGAAGAUGAGGACGAUGGCGAGUCCACGGUCGAGGCGGACGAGCCCCGCAUGAGUUAUCUCGGUCCGAAGAUGAAGGUUCAUUCCAAGGCGCCCUGGGAGACCGACGAUCACGACGCCGACUCGGACACCAGUUCGCACUUCCGCGGCACAUCCUCGCACAAGCGGACGAAGACGAAGACCGCGAAAGGCGACGGGAUCAUGAAGGGUUUGGGAUUCAUGGGUCGCAACGUUCCGAGACCCAGUAUGGAAUCCAGUCGCUCGUCGUCGAGCGGGAACAAGAAGUCCUUCGAGACAAGCUCGUCGAUAUCCACUGGCGGAGCUCUUCAGGCGCUCGCCCAAGCAUCCAUGCCGACCUCGUCUCUGGCUUACGGGACGACAGGUCUGCGCCCGGCAAACGAGUCUGAUUCAAGCCUAAUACGCAACAGAGUGGCCUCCACUUCUACGCCGACCAAUCCCUCCCUUCAAAUUCCAGCAGUCAGCCCUCGCGCUGCAUCCAUACGCUCCUUUGAUUCCUCCCCCCACCCCCAAGGUAGACGGCACAUCCCUCCCUCGUUCAAACGUCAAUAUUCCGAUGGUACGGACACCAGACCGUUUGCUCCGGCUUCUACGCGUACGUCAGAAAGUCAAGACGAAUAUGCGCACCCGUAUGCCAAUCCGGAUUUGGCGAUAUAUAACCGCGACUCCGUUAGGGCGCCUUCACCGCCGCUGGGCCGAGAGCGCGGCCCGAGUGAAGCUACGAUCACUCCCAGCGAUUCGAACGCGACCGUCACGGACUCGAGUUUGUUCUCACCUUCACGAACGAUGGAUCCGAAUGUCCUCACACCUGCCACCUCCAUGUCGUCCUCCGCCGAUCAGGACUCGGACUCCCGCUCUGGACAGAGCCGCUUGUAUGGCAAAACCAUAUCGCCGCCCAUGGCUCUGAACACAUCUCGUCGCUUGGAUGGGUCUCAGGGCGACGAGCGUGAUAUGCUUAUUGCCCCCGGCGUUCAUGGCGUCCACGCAUGGCAGGCUUCGCCAACAUCGCAAAGCUUCUCCCUCAUAUCCCUAGAAGAAGCGCAGGCACAGGCCCGAGAGCGCUCACGGAGUGCGACAGCUAAUGCCACUUUCCACGGCAGUUUCCCAGCAGCGGUCGCCUUUCCUGACUCGGAUUCGAUUUCCAUUAGGAGCACCAACACUGCCGACGCCAGCCCGACGCUUUCGACCGCGAGAGCUCGCUCUCGCACGACGAGUGCCGGUACUAAGGCGAAACGCGCGUUCCAGGGCUUCACGUCCGACGCCAGUCGCGAUGAUACCCCGAAGGCUGGCAUUCGUGACCCUGCGUAUCCCGAGGCUUCCAGCUCCGGGCAAAAGGCUCUCAGACAUAAAAAGAGCGGUUUCAUGCGAUUAUUCAGGGAGAAGGCGGCCCCGAUUUCUCUUGCGCCUCCUGUGCCUCAGCUUUCGGAGUUGCAUUUGCAGACUAAUCAGAACGCGGUCAGGACGAUACCCCGUGUGCCUGUCCCAUCCAUUUCGCCCUCUUUGCUGGUUGACCCGGAUCCUGGUUCCGCUUAUAUGCAUCCGAACGAGUCCGGUGCGUCGCAAGGCAGCACCGGCUCUACCCCAACCUCGGAAGGCACCACGCGCAGAACCUCUCCUCGACCUCCCCCUCUUACCAUCGUCACGUCCAAUCGCGGUAGCUCCCCACGCACCGCCGACCCGACCAAAUCCACCAGCCCGAAUUCGCCACGCGAUCGCAAUAUACCGUACGUCCAGAGUGCACCCGCAGAUCAAACGACUUUCGAAGCGCUACGCCUGCGGCCAGUCUCUCAAGUUUUCAGCCAGCACUUCGUUGCCCACAUCGGCUCUGCGAAUUCGUCUCCACCCCACGGCGCAGAACUUGAUACGCCGACGACUACCUCGGCAACCCUGGCUUCCCCUGUUUCGUGCGAACCCUCUCCGCACGCUGCUAUUGCAGGCACCGGCCUCAAGCAUGGUAUAGCUGACGAUUCCUCGUCGGUCAUCCAAGCACUGCAAAGCCAGAUCGCGAGCGCGAAGAUGGAAUGGCAGCGUCAGGUGUGGGAGCUCGAGGCCGAAGUGCGCUCUUUGAGGGCGGAGGUUGAGCACCUUCGAGGGGCGGAGGCCGAGUUGGAGUAUUGCGACGUGUGCGGCCGAGGUUCACCUGGCUCAGUCGGGCAACCCAAUGCGACGAGGGGAAGUGUCAUCAACCGCCCGCGAGCCCGAACAGGCACCGGCGGACGGUUCACCGUCCGCGAUUAAGGACCCCACGAUUUCCCGUCUUCGUGUGGUGUGGUGUUUGUUAUGCCCUCUUGGCGUCGGAGCGCCAUUGUAUAGACUUGUACCAUCUGGGACGUUUGGAUCGUCCGGCACUCUAUUUAACCUGGUCACUUAUCCCCAUAUUGCUAUUGUACUCGAUAUCACUAGUCUCUUUGAUUUCCCUUCCGAUUCCACUGUUUGUAUAAUGGGUUGUUUGUAUUCGCAUUUGUAGACGACCCGAGCGUUAGGCUCUUUUGUCCUAAGCUUAGCAAAAUCUACCCGUGCUGCUUGUUCC